CAAAGAAGAUACAGUAGAAUAUUUCAUAGUUUAUUUAUGAACAUAGAUUAUUUAAAUUUAUACUCUAAACAAAAACCCUGACUUCUAUCAUGGCCUGCACGACUGCAUUCACUUGAACUUCAAUUUUCCAUUUGCAGCAUCAGAAUUUUAGUACAUCUGAGCUGUUUUUAUCUUCUUUUCUUUUAUAUACUGUUUGUCUUUUUGUGAUCUUCCAAGAAAAGUCAACGCCUUAAAUUAGAGUUGCUUCUGCCCACUUCAGCUCCUCUUUGUUCCUUUCUAUUCUUCAUUCUUAUGUUUCUUUCAUACUCCAUUUGAGAAAAAUCUUGAAAUUUUCAGCUAUUUGAGUAUUCGCCCAACAAAGUUUGCAUUUUUUUUAUUUUACUUUAUUUAUUUCUCAUAUUUAUCUGCAUGUUCUGAAAUGGAAGUUUUUGAAAAAGGUAGAGUUCAAUCUUGUUACCAUUUUGGUAUUUUCUUGGCUUUUGCAUUGUGUACUGAAGAUCUGUAGGUAUUUGUGUGAAGAAUUAUGACGGAGUUCAAGAAAGAGAAGACGGUAAGGUUUUACAAUGAUGGGAAACAGAACUUUGAAACAUCAUGGGAGAAGAAUGAGAACCAUAAUCUUGAAAAGCAACUACCUUUGUAUAAGUCUUGUGAGGGUAGAAAUGUUGUUGACAAAGUUGGAGCAAGCAAGGUUCCCAAAUUUGGAAAUUUGAAGGUUUUCCCAGAAAAUUAUGUACAAGAGAAAAAGAAAAUUCUUGAUCCAGGGAGUGAAAUAGUGAUACAAUGGAAUAGGGUAUUCUUGUGUUCUUGCUUGCUGGCUUUAUUCAUGGAUCCAUUAUUUUUUUACAUGCCAUCAGUGGUGAAAAGGGGCAAGUCCUCAUGUAUGUCAAUUGACUUGAAUCUUGGCAUUAUUGUCACAUGCUUUCGGACAGUCGCCGAUAUAUUCUAUAUGUUACAUGUGGUUAUUAAGUUUAGGACUGCCUAUGUUUCGCGAAGCUCGAGGGUAUUUGGUAGGGGUGAACUUGUUAUGGAUAAGAAAAUGAUUGCAAGGAGGUACUUGAAGUCUGAUUUCUUCAUUGAUGCUAUUGCUGCUCUGCCUCUUCCUCAGAUUGUAAUAUGGUUCAUCAUACCUUCAAUUAGAAGCUCUCAUUCCGAUCAUACCAACAAUGCUCUCGUACUAAUAGUCCUUCUGCAGUACCUGCCAAGACUCUAUCUGAUUUUCCCGUUGAGUGCUCAAAUUAUCAAAGCUGCCGGGGUUGUCACGAAAACAGCUUGGGCAGGUGCUGCUUACAAUCUCCUACUCUACAUGUUGGCGAGCCACGUCCUAGGUGCUUCCUGGUAUUUAUUGUCAAUUGAGAGAUAUGCUACAUGCUGGAAGAUAGCUUGCAGAGAGGAGCUCAGUCCUAUUCAAUGCUCCAGUCAUUUUCUCGACUGUGGUACUAUAAAUCAUGCAGACAGGGUAACAUGGGUAAACAGCACCCAAGUUUUCGGAAACUGCAAUCCUUCUAACUCGACCAUUUUCGACUUUGGAAUAUUUGCAAAUGCAGUUACAAACAAUGUUGUCUCCACCGACUUCCUUGAAAAGUACUUGUACUGCUUGUGGUGGGGUUUACAAAAUUUAAGUUCUUAUGGCCAGAACUUGUCCACGAGCACAUUUAUAUGGGAAACUUCAUUUGCAAUUCUUAUUGCUAUAUUGGGGCUAGUUCUGUUUGCUCAUUUGAUUGGAAACAUGCAGACAUACUUACAAUCUAUCACUAUGAGGCUUGAGGAGUGGAGGCUCAAGCGACGAGACACUGAAGAAUGGAUGAGGCACCGACAACUCCCUCAGGAUCUUCAAGAACGUGUCCGGCGUUUUGUACAGUACAAGUGGCUUGCCACUCGUGGAGUUGAUGAAGAAUCUAUCCUGCAUGCUUUACCUUCAGAUCUUCGUCGUGACAUCCAACGCCACCUAUGUUUAGACCUUGUUCGGCGUGUUCCCUUCUUCUCACAAAUGGAUGAUCAGCUGCUUGAUGCCAUAUGUGAACGUCUGGUUUCAUCGUUAUGUACUCAAGGAACAUACAUAGUACGUGAGGGUGAUCCAGUAACUGAAAUGUUGUUUGUUAUCAGAGGAACAUUAGAGAGCUCGACCACGAACGGGGGUCGGACGGGCUUCUUCAACUCAAUUACUUUGAGGGCAGGUGACUUUUGCGGUGAGGAACUUCUUGCCUGGGCAUUGUUGCCAAGAUCCACUCUUAACUUGCCUUCGUCGACGAGAACAGUGAGAGCCCUAUCGGAAGUAGAAGCCUUUGCUUUACGAGCAGAGGAUCUCAAGUUCGUAGCCAAUCAAUUCAGACGUCUCCAUAGUAAGAAGCUACAGCACACUUUCCGUUAUUACUCUCACCACUGGAGAACUUGGGCUGCCUGUUUUGUUCAAGCUGCUUGGCGUCGUUUCAAGAAGAGAAAGCUGGCCAAAGAUCUUAGUAGGAGUGAGUCCUUGUCUUAUGCUACCGAGGAUGAACAAUCAGCAAAUGAAAGUGAAUGUGAACAUGAACAUGAACAUGAGGAUGAUCAACAAAAGAAAACUAAACCAGCUAACUCUUCCAAUGUAAAGCAGAACCUUGGGGUAACAAUAUUGGCGUCAAGAUUUGCUGCAAACACAAGGAGAGGAGCUCAGAAGAUGAAAGAUAUGGAUUUGCCAAAGUUACAGAAGCCCGAGGAGCCCGACUUUUCGGCUGAGCCAGAUGAUGACUAGCUCAACUCAUGCCAGAAUUGAAGACCAUCUCCCUCUGGUGAAAUUUACAGAACCAAAAAAGCAAUAUAAAGACACUACUACAGUUAAUUUAAAGAAAUUUACUCAAGUUAAACAAAAAGAAAAAGAAAAUAGAUACAGGUUGUGCUGCAGUUGAUUAUAACCAUCACUAGACUCUACUUGUAAGUAGAAAAGGUCAAGGGAAAUUAAAAUGUGAGAAGACUUAAAAGAAAAACAGCAAUUGUAGGCCAGUGUUUGUUGAAGAAAAACAAAAGGAUAUGUUUUAUGUGUCAAUCUUUUGUUGGCAAACUUAGAUUUUAAGCUUAGUGAACAUGUACGUUAAUGUAAAAUGAUAUGUAAACUAGUCAAGAUGAUAUCAACUGG